ACGCUGUCGCUGCCGCUGCCGCCGCUCCCGGCCCGGUCCGGUCCGGCCCGCAGCGCCCGGAGCCAUGGCGGCCCAGGGCGGGCUCAGCAUCCAGCUGCUGCUGGAAGCGGCCGAGUAUCUGGAACGGCGGGAAAGAGAAGCCGAGCACGGUUACGCCUCGGUGCUGCCGGGCGGUUCGGUCCGGGACACCCCGCGGCGCCGCCUCCGGGCCCGCAGGAGCGGCGGUGGCAGCAGGUCGACACACAACGAGAUGGAGAAGAACAGACGUGCCCACCUGCGGCGCUGCCUGGAGAAGCUGAAGGGGUUGGUGCCGCUGGGCCCCGAGGCGGGCAGACACACCACGCUCAGCCUGCUCACCAGAGCCAAGCUCCACAUCAAGAAGCUGGAGGACUAUGACAGGAAAGCCCUGCACCAGAUUGAGCAGCUGCAGAGGGAGCAGAGGCACCUGAGGAGGCAGCUGGAGAAGCUGGGGAUGGAGAGGAUGAGGAUGGACAGCAUUGGCUCCACCCUGUCCUCCGAGCGCUCCGACUCAGAGAGAGAAGAGCUGGAGGUGGAUGUGGAGAGCACGGAUGAGCUUCCUGCUGAGCUGGACUGGAGCAGCAGCAGCCCCAGCGACUCCGAGGAGCGGAGGAGCCCCCGGAGCGUCUGCAGCGACGAAGGCUACGCCAGCGCCGGGCUGAGGAGCCUCAGGCUGCAGAGCCACCCCAAACCCCCUCUGGUUCCAUGAGGAGCAAACCCCUGGUGCUCUUUUCCCUCAUCCGGAUGUUUUUUGGUUUGGUUUUGUUGGGGUUUUUUUUUUGUUUGGUUGGUUUUGGGUUGGUUUGCCCCCUCUCUGCCUUCCCUGCCUUUUUCUUCACCGCCUCCUGGGGAGCCAGAGGAGGUGAGAGGUGCCCACAGGGCUGGGGCUCAGCCCUCCCAGCCCAAACUCCUCUGGGCUGGCCUGAAACAUUCCAACCACCUCUGGAGAAUAUUCCAAACCCUCCCUUUGGGGGGACUUCAGGGUUGCUGUCACCACCUGGGAUUCUAGACCUGCUCCAUGUUCACCCAGCGACAUCUCCAUCCCCUUCACUGGGGGCAGAACCCGAAUUUAGGGGUUCUGAGGGAUGAGGAACAUCUCCAUCCCCCUCACUGGGGGCAGAACCCGAAUUUAGGGGUUCUGAGGGAUGAGGAACAUCUCCAUCCCCCUCACUGGGGGCAGAACCCAAAUUCCAAGGAGUUUUUGGGAUGAGGAUCCCAAAGCAGCGCCAGCUUCUUGCACCACCCAGGGGAUUGGACCUGGCUUAUCUCCAAUUAUUCCCUCCUGGAGCUGGAGCCUGGCACAGGGAACUCCACCAGAGAGGACCUUGGGCUCCUCCUCCUCUUCUUCCACAGCCUCCAGCUGGGAAUUUUUCUCCCCUACCCAACCCCAACCCAUCCCUUGUCCCCAGAACCCUCCCUGCCGGAGGCGAGCGCUCCCGGGAUUCCUUUUCUCUCCCUCUCUUGGGGAUGAAGGGGGUGAAGUUUCUUGUUUCCUACCUCGAAGAGUUGAACAAAAAUGGAUCUUUUAGCACAAAAUCCCCAAGCUGAGGCCUCGGAUAGGGCAGCAAUUCCCAACCCCCCCUCCCCACCCCGUCCUCCAGCAAUAACACGGAGCCGAGUGGAGGCCACGCCAGCUACAAAUCCCAUUUAUUCCUUUUUUCUACCAAACUGAUGAACCAGAGGGGGAAUAUUCUUCCAGCUUUCUGCUUUUAUAAACCUUCUGGAACCUUGGAUCCGGGCAGAGCCACCAACCCAGACGUUCCUUUCCCUCCAACCACUCCAGGGGGGUUUUCCCACCCCCUUUUGAUCCAUCAGCGUCAGAUCCUGGGGUUUUUCUUUGUGGGGGAGACAAAACCAGGAGCUGGGAUUGCAGAACCACGACCUCCAAGUGAAGCAACACCAGAAAACUGGGGGUUUUCCCUUUUUCUUGGCUUUUUGAACAUCCUAACCCUGAUUUUUGAAGCAUUCCAAGUCUUCAAGAAGCGUUGGAUGAAGCAACGGAGCCAACAGGAUAAAAACCCCCCCAAAUCUUGGAUUUUUUGGGGGUUUGAAAAGGGAGAAAAACCCAAACCCACAGAUCUGGGUGGUACAGGAGCUGGAAUUUGCCACCACCCCGUGGAUUUGUGCCACUCGCUGCUCCAAACCCCCAGGAAGGGGAAAAGGAAAAAGGUGAAAACCUCAAGAAAAAAGAAAAAAUGGGAUUUCAGCUCUGGUCGUGCUGAGGUCUCAUCCUCCUCCUCCUCCUCCUCCUCCUCCAGACAUCCACGGAUUGUGUUCCCUUGGAGCCAGGAAGGGUCAGGAAAACGUUGAAGAGGAGGCAGAACCCAUCAAACCUGGGUUUUUCUUUCAACCCACACUUCCAGCUCGGCUUCAAUUUGAUUUCUUGUUUUCCACUUUCCUCCCCCCCUUUUUGUGCCUUUUAGAGCUUUUGGUUUCCCUCCCGUUUUUGGUUUUUUUUUUUACACAUCAACCCGAAAAACUUUGGGAAUUUUGCACUGCUGGGACCUGCCUGAAGGCCAAGAGACACGAGAUCCCUCCAAAAA